GGAUUGGCACCUUUGGGGAGUGGGUACCUGAAUUUGACAGGUACCCGCUCCCACUUCUGGUCCGAUCUCCUAGGCGACCAGAAGCAGAAGGUGUCCUACCUCCCUGUAGUCUUUGGGACACAUGACAGGUCCCAGAAGACUACAGCACCAUUCAUGAAGCGCAGCGCUACUUGUGCCUGCGCAGUGGGCACCGGCUGUAAAGCUGCAAGCUGUCACAGCCGGGUGCCCACACUGAAGAUGCCAGCGCCUUGAACACAGGAUGGCCGGUGAAACAGACUGUGGGGGACA